UCUGUCUCAGGACGCACAAGUUUGCGUUGGUGGUUUAGAGAACUUUUAAGCUUAGAGCCUCUCUGCAAAAUUCUUUCCUUUUUUUUUCUCCUUUUUUUUUUUGUUUUCGUUCUUCGUUGAACUCUGGGGUCCAUAAGGGCACAGCUUGAGUGUGGAAUGGCUGAACUGGUGCGAAUUCGUAAGAAACGCCUGCAGAUCCCCAUCUCUAGGCUGAGGAGCAUGAUCAAGCAGCUGGAGGAGAAAGAUGUUGACUUUGAAGAAAUCAAAAAGAAUCUGGAUUUCACAGCGUCGUUACUGGAAGCGGUUUACCUGGAUGGAACAAGGCAGUGUCUGGAGUCCGAGGACGACCUCCAGCAGCUGCAGUCAGACGGCGUGCCGUCAGAGGUCACCGAUUGGCUGGCUUCCACCUUCACCCAGAGGGUUCGCCGGCCUCUACGACGCCCAGACGAGAAGCCCAAGUUCCGCAGCAUUGUGCACGCAGUGCAGGCUGGGAUAUUUGUUGAGAGGAUGUUCAAGAGGGCUUACACAGCCGCCAUGCCAGACGAACCUGCUGCGGUCGUAAACUGCCUCAGGGACGUCGACCGCUGGAGCUUCGACGUGUUUGCUCUGAAUUCCGCCUGCUCUGAUCAUGCCCUGCGGACUCUGUUCUUUGAGUUGAUCACCAGAUAUGGGCUCAACAGCCGUUUUAAGAUCCCCAUAUCGUGCCUGACAGAAUUCCUGUCGGCAUUGGAGAGAGGAUACAGCAAACACAACAACCCGUACCACAGCCACGUCCAUGCUGCCGAUGUCACUCAGACGCUGCACUGCCUGCUUCUGCGCUCCGGACUCGUGCACUGGCUGACAGAGCUUGAGGUGAUGGCGUCACUAUUUGCUGCGGCCAUCCAUGACUAUGAACACACAGGGACCACAAACAGCUUCCUCAUCCACACAAAGUCUGAGUUUGCAUUGAUCUACAACGAUCGGUCGGUACAGGAAAGCCACCACCUCAGUGCGGCGUUCCACCUGCUGCAGGACGACCAGAUGAACAUCUUCACCAAUUUGACAAGAGAGGAAUGGAUGGAGCUGCGCUCUCUUGUUAUAGAGAUGGUGCUGUCCACAGACAUGUCCUCCCACUUACUGCAAGUCAAAGGGAUGAAAUCCUGUCUACAACAACAAGAACGGAUUGACAAGCCAAAGGCGCUGUCUCUGCUGCUCCACACGGCUGACAUAAGCCAUCCAUCCAAGCCCUGGGCACUGCACUCUCGCUGGACCACAGCCCUGAUGGAGGAGUUUUUCAGGCAGGGUGAUAGAGAGGCAGAACUCGGCCUUCCCUUCUCUCCUCUGUGUGACCGAAAAAGCACCUUGGUAGCCGAGUCUCAGAUCGGUUUCAUCGACUUCAUUGUGUACCCUACAUUCUCUCUGCUGACGGACAUGGCUGAAAAAGUGGUUAUACCUUUGGUGGAGGAGAACCCAGGUCCACCAGACCCCUGUAACAGACACAGUAAUCUGUGGAAGGAGAGCUCCAGGGGUCUCCAGUGGAGUCUCGCUCACAUCACAGCGGAGCUGGUGAGCUUCCGCUCCACCUGGACACGACACACCGAAGACAACAAGCUCAAAUGGAAGGAGGGGGGCUCCAACGGAUUUUCAGAUCCCAGUGUGACAAUAGAGCAGACAUCCAGUCAAGAGGAGCUGUUAGAAAAAUCUCUCCAAGACCCCACUGCACAUUCCAAACAGUAGCCAGAAGUUUAACUAUCAAGUGCUUCAGAGAAACAAGACUCUCUUCAAACUGGUCUUAAUGCUGAGUCACAGUUUGUAAAGAAACCACAAUGCCUUCUCAUGCGGGGAUUUUGGUAGCUGUGAGGGAGGGUGGUUUAAUGUUAAAUUCAUCUUCCCAAGGUAAGAUGUACAUUCACAGAAAUGUCUGUGUGUCUUAUUUUAAGGGUAGUAUACUCUUAUAAUUUAAAUGCAGUGUACAUGCUGGCCAUGUUAUUCUGCAUUGUGCAUGUUGUUAAUUUAAUUUACCACCUAAACACUUUACAUUUAAUAGUUUUAGCUAAACACAAUUCAUUUAUUCUAUAAAACAAUAAACGUUAAAAAAAUGUAAA